AUGCACCUCGCGCGCCAAAGAGAGAGCGGAAUUACUCUCCUCCACGAAAUAGAUUUGAUCGUCAGCGAACGCCUCCUUUCAAUGAGUCUAUACAAUCACGAGAUACAAGGAUGGGUGGUGUCAGGAGGAGGUCUAGGAGUAUUGAUCGACGAAGCUCACGAGGGGAACCCAAUGGUGGGAGAGGGCCACCGCCGCGAUCGCCUUCUAUUGCCGAACGCUCUGGUCAAACGUCCGCUCAUGGUUCAGCUGCCACAUCCCGACGUUCUUCUCCUCCCACGCAGGAGAGGUCGAGCCGCAACCACCCGAAUGCUUCAAGCCACGGUCCGCCUCCCGGGAUGCCACGGUCGCAAUAUGAUAGCGGACAUCCACAUGGAAAUGCGCCCCGUUUUCCUGAAGGAAGUAGGAGGCCCUCUAGUCGGCCUCCCUCCCCCUCUAGAAGGCCGUCGGCCAACAUUCAAUUACAAUCGCCACGUUCGCAUGAGCCACCAAGGCCCUAUGAAAAUGACCAUGAUAGGAACCAAAGCACACCAGCUAGACCGCCAACAGGCCCUCGCACUGAGAGCAGCCCUUCGAUUCAAGGACAAGGUGCGAAUGCUCCGCCCGGCGGAAUAUCCCCUCCCGUAG